GCCCACAAGCCGCCAAACCUGCUUUGAUCGCAGAGUACGGAUAAACCCCGCCCACCGGUCCGACUGCCAGUCCGAGAGCUACUGUUCCUUUAUCGUACAUUUAUGGUGCUGCUACUGGCCGUGACGCGCAACCGGCCACCGAAGAUUUAAACAGUCACGGGUGAUCGUCCGCAUAGUGACCGUGAGUGAGGCUGGUGAAAGACGAUCAAGCGCACCUGUCACAAUGUCUACAGACAGAGAGCCUCCCGUCACUGCCAAACUCCUUCACCUCGUGUUUCUCUCCACCUUCUGGGGAAUGCAGAUAUGGGUCACCUUCAUAUCAGGCUUUGUAAUGGACAGCCAUCUGAACCGACACACGUUUGGCUUCAUCCAGAGCCGGCUCUUCCCGUUUUACCUGCAUAUCGGCUCAGCUUGUGCUUUCUGCAACCUCACCAUCUUUGCCAUGUACCAUCCUAGCAACAUGCUGGAUGACAAAGAGGCCUUCCAGAUCUUCAUUUUUUUCGUCUGUGUGACUGUGGCGGCAGUGAAUGCCCAGUGGUUUGGUCAGAUGACCUCAGAAAUCAUGGCAGACAUGCACCUGAUUGAGCAGGCCUGUGGAUUGGGUCAGGACAUCGGACUCUCAUCCAAUCGGGAAGCAUAUGCCAAGCUCUGCGAGACAGACCCCAAGUAUAAAAAGCUGAGUGGUCGGCUGUGGCUGUAUCACCUGCUGUCCUCCCUGUGUAACCUCUGCUGUAUCGUAUGUAAUGGAUACAGUCUUUAUUACCUGGCAGAAAACCUCACCACACUCUGAUGACCUUCCUGCAAUGCAACGCAAACGUCUGUGUGGCUCCGGGAGCGAUGACCUGCUCUUAGAUACUGGAUUACCUCCCGACAAAUCUGCUCAUUAUUGUUACAGAUUGUCUUUUUUAAUAUUUGUUGUGCUAGUUUUAGUUUUUUUUUUUUUGUAAAUGUUACAGAUAAUGGCUCUGAAUAUUUAAAUUAUAAGAUUUGCAUGGUUGAGGAAUGAGCAUAAUUGAACAAAAAUGGGAAGUGGAUGGGACAUUUUCAAAACUUUUCUUGACGUUCUAGAAGUUAUGGCACAUAUUUUCUGUUUUCUCAAUGAAGGCAACCUCACUCUGUCACAAAUAAGUCAAACUUGUUGAUUUCUCUGUUUCAAUGGCCAGCCUCACCCUGUUCUCCUGGAAUGGGUUUGAAUGUAGCAAUAUGUUCACGCACAAUCUCUCAUUAUAAGUACCUUUUAACAGGGAUGAAUAUGCAAAUGAUGCUCUCACCUGGCUGUAGAUUUAGAGUUCUGUCGCUGUUUGUUGAAAUAGAGCUGAAAUUAAAUGCACCCAGCAGCAGUUGCACCAC